UGAACCGUGAAAAAAAUGCAGAGACGACAAUAUUUAUUCAGCAAAACGAGAGUCUGAAAUUUUGAGAGGGGAGAAGAGGCGGGCAAUGGCGACGGCGACGACGACGGACUGGGGGCCGAUCAUCGCGGCGGUGGUGCUGUUCAUCCUGCUGUCGCCGGGGUUCCUGUUCCAGCUGCCGGCGAGGGCGAGGGUGGUGGAGCUGGGCAACAUGGGCACCAGCGGCCUCUCCAUCCUCGUCCACGCCAUCCUCUACUUCUGCGUACUCACCAUCGUCGUCGUCGCCAUCGGCGUCCACGUCUACUCCGCCAAACCAGAUCCGAUCGAUUAACAUAUCGUAGUACGUACAUAUAAGCAUGCAUGUUUCUAGUGAGCCAAGUGUAGUAGAUAUGGGCGUAUAUAUUUUUAUUGUGUUCUACUC